AUGAAGUUUAUUGCGUUAAUAUCAGGAGGAAAAGAUUCAUUUUUUAAUAUAUAUCAUUGUUUAUCACAAGGUCAUGAAUUAAUAGCAAUUGGUAAUUUAUAUCCACCAAAUAAUGAUAAAAAAGAUGAAAUAGAUUCAUUUAUGUUUCAAACUGUUGGUUAUGAUAUAAUAGAUUAUUAUAGUCAAUUAUUACAAGUACCAUUAUAUAAACAACCAAUUAUUGGUGGCUCAUCAAAUCAAAAUUUGGAAUAUCUGUAUACUGAAAAUGAUGAAAUUGAAGAUUUAUAUAAAUUAAUUAGUACUAUAAAGUCAAAACAUCCAAAUAUUGAAGCAGUUAGUUGUGGAGCUAUACUAUCUCAUUAUCAAAGAACAAGAGUUGAAAAUGUUUGUAAUAGAUUAAAUUUAACUUCUUUAACUUAUUUAUGGCAAAGAAAUCAAAAUGAUUUAAUGUUAGAAAUGUGUUCAAGUGGAAUAGAUGCAAGAAUUAUAAAAGUUGCAGCAAUUGGUUUAAAUCAAAAACACUUGGGGAAAGAUUUAAAAGAAAUGUAUCCACAUUUAGUAAAAUUAAAUGAAAUGUAUGAUGUUCAUAUAUGUGGAGAAGGAGGAGAAUUUGAAACUAUUGUAUUAGAUUGUCCAUUUUUUAAAAAACAAAAAUUAAAAAUUAUUAAUCAAGAAAUUAUAACUCAUUCAAAUGAUGUAUAUUAUUUAAAAUUAAAAGUUGAAAUUGUUGAUAAAAAAAAAGAAGAAAUUACAAAACAAUUAAAGCUAUUAGAACCACCACCAUUAUUAGAUCCUGAUUUAUUAAUUAUUGCACAAUCUGAAUCAUUACAUGAAGAUGUAUCAGCUCAAAGUAAAUCAAAUUUUACAAUUGAUCAUAUCCCCAAACAAAAUAUUAAAAUCACACCAACUAAAAUUUUCAUAUAUAAUUUAACAUCAAAUGAUGGAGCAACGAUAGAAGAUCAAACAAAAGAAAUAUUUCAAAAUUUAAAAACAAUUUUAUUACAAUAUGAUUUAACAUUUAAUGAUUUACAACAUGUUAAUGUAUUAUUAUCAGAUAUGUCAUUAUUUGCAAGAAUGAAUAAAAUUUAUUCAAAUUAUUUUAAAAAUAUUUAUUUACCUCCUUCAAGAAUUUGUUUUGAAACUGAUAUAUCAACAACUAUUCAAAUUUCAUGUAUUGUUUUAAAAAAUAUUCAUCCAAAAACUGGGAUACAUAUUCAAUCAAGAUCUUAUUGGGGUCCUCAAAAUAUUGGUCCAUAUUCUCAAAGUAUAAUAGAUCAUCAACCAAAAUAUAAAAUUGCAAGUUUAUCAGGUCAAAUCCCAUUAAUUCCUUCAACAAUGGAUAUAUCUGAAAAUAAUAUAGCAUAUAAUGCAGCAUUAUCAUUACAACAUUUAUCAAGAGUUAAAAAUAUGGUGGGAGUAAUAAAAACUGCUUCUAUAUUAUGUUUUAUUACAAAUAGUGCUUAUGUUUUAAUAAUAAGAGAAUGUUGGAAUAAAUUUAUAAAUGUUAGAUGUGAACCUUUAAGUCCUUAUAAAGAAAAUUUAAUUAUUGCUGAAGUUAGAGCAUUACCAAGAAGUUCUUAUGUUGAAUGGGGUGGAUUUAGUAUGGAAGAAAUUAAUACUGUAAAUUAUGAUGAUGAUGAAGAAGACGAGGUGAAAGUAAAUGGUAAAGUUGAAGAAGAAGAGGAAGUCAACACAAGUGGAGAAAUAGAAGUAGAAGAAAAUGUUAACAUUGAUUCAUGGUUAUCAAAAUUUGAAUAUUAUAGCGUAUCUUCAAAAUCAAAUAAUUCAUAUAAAUUUAUAACAAUUUUUACAUCAAAUUCAAAUUUAUUAAAAAAUUUUUCAAAAUUAAUUUCAAAUUCAUCAUUAUCAAUUUUUAUAACAUUAUUAACUACUGAAAAUAUUGAUGGAAUAAAUGCUGAAUAUAUUCCUGUAAGAAGAUUAUAUAAUUAUGAAGGUAAUGAAUUUAAUUAUUGUAUUAUUAUUAGACAAGAAUUAUCAUGA